AUGCCUCCUCGCGUAUUAGAUCGAAAACCACGCGUGGUCUCUCUAGGCACUCCCAGAUACGUCGGCGACGACUAUCUCGCCGAGUUUAUCAAAUCCUUCGACUUCUCCGUACUGGAGGCGUAUGAUCGCGAAAGCACGAAGCGGCUCCUCCCCGCGAGCAUCGAGAAAGAUGGACCGAUUGAUGCAUUCAUUAUCCGCAUGGGAACGCCGCCGUAUGAACCCUUCGAUGCAGACCUCCUAUCCUCUCUAGCUCCCGACUGCAAGAUCAUCGCCUCCGCUAGUUCUGGAUACAACGAGUUUGAUGUAAGGUGGAUGGCGUCGCAGGGGAUCUGGUUCUGCAACACUGUGAACGCUGUGGCGGAGGCCACAGCAGACAUGGCCCUGUUUAUGAUCCUGGCGGUGUUGAGAAACAGCAGCAAUGCUGAGAAGAGCGCCCGGUCCGGAUCAUGGAGAUCUGCACCGGGAUUGGUGCCGGGGAGGGAUCCCUCGGGAUUGACACUGGGGAUUGUUGGGCUCGGUGCUAUAGGAAAGUACGUGGCCAAAAAAGCUGCCGUGUUGAAUCUCAAAAUCAUAUAUCACAAUCGCAAUCCAAUUCCUGCAACGGAGGAGGCAAAAUAUGGAGCAACAUAUUGCUCGUCGUUGCACGAGCUGCUCGCUGCAUCGGACAUCGUCUCCAUCCACUGUCCCUUGAACGCGAAUACCACUGGUUUGAUCGGUACCGCUGAGUUUAGUAUGAUGAAGGACGGCACAUUCCUGGUUAACACAGCUCGAGGUGCAGUCGUCGAUGAGAAGAGUCUGAUUGAGGCACUGGAGUCGGGGAAAGUUACUCGUGCUGGACUGGAUGCUUUUGACAAUGAACCCUCAAUCAAUCCGUACUUUCAGACCAGUGAUAAGGUCAUCAUCCAACCGCAUCUUGGAGGGUUGACAGACGUGGCGUUUCAAAGAGCGGAACGGGAGUGUUUUGAGAAUAUCAAGGCAUUGUUCGAGAGAGGAGAACCAAAUUCGCCUGUUCUGAAUAUUAAGAAAUAG